CCUGUCCCCCGGCAGCCUGCGCCUCGCGGCGCCGAGUCUUCGCCCCGGACAGUGGAUGGCGCUCAGGGCGCGCGCGGCAUGCAGUCGCUCAACAUCACCCCGGAGCAGUUCUCCCGGCUGCUACGGGACCACAAUCUGACGCGGGAGCAGUUCAUCGCGCUGUACGGGCUGCGGCCGCUUGUCUACACCCCCGAGCUGCCUGGGCGCGCCAAGCUGGCCUUCGUGCUCACCGGCGUGCUCAUCUUCGCCCUGGCGCUCUUCGGCAAUGCGCUAGUGGUCUACGUGGUGACCCGCAGCAAGGCCAUGCGCACCGUCACCAACAUCUUCAUCUGCUCCUUGGCUCUGAGCGACCUGCUCAUCACCUUCUUCUGCAUCCCGGUCACUAUACUCCAGAACAUCUCCGACAACUGGCUGGGAGGUGCCUUCAUUUGCAAGAUGGUGCCGUUUGUCCAGUCCACUGCUAUUGUGACAGAAAUACUCACAAUGACCUGCAUUGCUGUGGAAAGACACCAGGGACUUGUACAUCCUUUUAAAAUGAAGUGGCAAUACACCAACCGAAGGGCUUUCACAAUGCUAGGUGUGGUCUGGCUGGUGGCAGUCAUCGUGGGUUCGCCCAUGUGGCACGUGCAGCGACUUGAGAUUAAGUAUGACUUCUUAUAUGAAAAAGAACACGUCUGCUGCUUGGAAGAGUGGGCCAGCCCUGUGCACCAGAAAAUCUACACCACCUUCAUCCUUGUCAUCCUCUUCCUCCUGCCUCUUAUGGUGAUGCUCAUCCUGUACAGUAAGAUCGGUUAUGAACUUUGGAUAAAGAAAAGAGUAGGGGAUGGCUCAGUGCUCCGAACUAUUCAUGGAAAAGAAAUGUCAAAAAUAGCCAGGAAGAAGAAGCGAGCUGUUGUUAUGAUGGUGACCGUGGUGGCUCUCUUUGCUGUGUGCUGGGCACCUUUCCAUGUGGUUCACAUGAUGAUUGAAUACAGCAAUUUUGAAAAGGAGUAUGACGAUGUCACCAUCAAGAUGAUUUUUGCGAUAGUGCAGAUAAUUGGGUUUUCCAAUUCCAUCUGUAAUCCUAUUGUUUACGCCUUUAUGAAUGAAAACUUCAAAAAGAAUUUUUUAUCUGCAGCUUGCUAUUGCUUAGUGAAGGAAACCUUCUCUCCAGUGCGAAGGCAUGGAAAUUCAGGAAUCACUAUGAUGCAAAAGAAAGCAAAGUUUCCCCGGAAAGAGAACUCAGUUGAGGAGACCAAAGGAGAAGCAUUCAGUGAUGGCAACAUUGAAGUCAAGUUGUGUGAACAACCCGAGGAGAAAAAACAUCUCAAACGCCAUCUUGCGCUCUUCAAUUCUGAACUUUCUGAGAAUUCUGCUUUAGGCAAUGGGCAUUAAUUAUAGCAAUUUCUUUAUAAUGGAUGCCAUUCAUAGCUUUAUCUGAAGAGAAAAGUAUUUGAGCAAAGGUCAAAGAUUUGUUCUUUAUUCUUCGAGUGAUGAAAAGAAGGAAAUUUUGUCAUUUUUCAUAAAAAUAUGACAUUAUACAUGAAACACAAUUUUGGAAAAUUAGUAUACCAUCCUUGUAGAUUAUAAAAGUGGAUUCAAAAUAAAAUCUUGUACAGAAAUAAAUGUCCUUGCCUAGCAGUUUCCCCUCACGCAGUCAACGUUGUGUCUUUUUACUUAUUGCUAAAUUGGAUGAGAAGAAUAGCAAUGAUAUCUUUUUUCUUUCAUAAGUUUAAUAGUGGAACACUAUAAUGUAAUUUUUAGUGCACCAUUGAAGCUUGGUGAUGCAGUCUUUUGCUAAUGAGGUCUAGCUAAUUAUCAUAAAGUUGAAGUAGAUAGAGAAGCAGUGAAAUAACAGAUGGGUGAGAUUUAGAGGCAGGUGCUGGGGUCUCAGCUUCUUAGAGUCCUACCAAGUUGCCAUUGCUGUGAUGACUGGCAUGUCCCUUAACCUUCUGAAGCCUCUCUUUCAAAACUAGGAUGUUACCUCCUCUACAUCACGGAAUUGUGGCUGGAGCAACAUGAGACAAGAGCAGUAAAGCACCUGGUACUCCACAGCUCCCCAAGUUCUGGAGCAUUAUUGCAGCUCUUCAUGCCCCUGGCCCCCUCUUUCUGUCCCCUUUUCCUUCGUGAGACUCGCCCUCAACCCAGUCCAACUUUUCACUUGUGCCUAUUUUAUAACUGGUUUCUCUACUCAAAAGAAGAAUGUUUCUGAGCUCCUCAUUUAUAAGUUGACCAUAAUAAAUUGAGGCCAAUCUAACUAUAUCAAAUAUUACUACUUUUAAACUUUUUACAAAUUUUUCAUGAGAGGGAUGAAAGAUGUUUUGUCAUGUGAAAGGGCAUUUAGGUGUAGUUAAUGGAUGGGAGAGAGAAUCAAUGCCAAGCCUGUGAAAUUUUACUGUGCUUAAGACUGACCCCCAAGAAAGCUGGGUUGGAAAAAUAAGAGUUUCCCACCCAUGUUCAUAUCUAAUUCUCCCUCAAACUGAACCCCUCCCUUCAGUCUUUUCCUGUUCCUCCCAAGUGUCAUGGGUCCAGCGGCCACCCUCAUGGUGCCCUGUUGCUUCCCCUUCAAUAUCUACGACUCCCGAAGUCCGGUUGUCACAGCCUCAUGGCCAAAGUGUUUCUUCUGCCUCCAGUUUUCCAGCCCUUGUUCUUCUAGCCAGGUACUCGAAAGGAAGAGAAGCACAAGAGUUCUCAGGGAAUUUCACCUGUAAAGCUUUCAGGCUUGGGAACCAGAGAACUCAGGCCAUUGGGAUCUCAAGAUACAGACGUUUAAUUUUAUAUGUGUGUUCAUGUAAGCAUGGAUUUAAAAAAAUGAAACAGUCUGUGGUAUUAGGAAAAAAUGUCAUUAUGACAACCAGAAAUGAACAAAGUCAAGAGAGGAAAACUGAUGACUUGGUUUGUGUCAAAUUGGACUCAUCACGGGUUAUUUACAUAUGUCGUCCUCUUGUUGUGCCGAACUACCCUGCAGCAAAAUGAUGAUUAUCAUUACAUCAUUAAACCAUUAAAAACGAAUCGGAUUCACUGAUUUUGAUUAUCCUCAUUUAAUCAGCAAAUAUCCAUAUGAUUCUUUUUCAAUUUUAUGUACACAUGCUCCAAAUCUGACAAUAAAAAAAACGGAUAAAUCAACACUA